AUGCUUACGACACUCGAGCAAGAGCUGCUUGCCGACUUUGCAGACUCAGGGGACGAGGAUGUUGCCGAUCUCGAAAAUGAGUUUGCUGGCGGAGACUUUGGCUCUCCAGAGGCCGCCCAAGAUGGCGAGGACGAGCACAUGGUAGACGAAGAGGCAGAGCAUGCAGAGAAGGAGAGGAAACGGAAAGAGAAGGCGCCGUCAGACAUGAGAAAUGCGCAGAGCCUCAUGGCUAAUCUGCAGCCAGUGUUGCAGCAGAUUGACGAGGUCAAAGACAAAAUGGAGGAAGUCAUGGACGGCGAGUCGAUUGAGGACAACCCGGAGUACCAGCUGUUGAAAGAGGCGAACGAGUUUUCAACGCAAAUCGAUGGCGAGAUCCAGGCAGUCCACAAGUUCAUUCGUGACAACUACUCGCUACGGUUCCCUUACCUCGAAGAACUCGUCAAGAACCCCGUCGACUACGCCAAGACAGUUGCCAUCCUUGGGAAUCGCCCGCUCGAUGACAUCAAAACCAUCGCACAAGACUCUGAUAAUGUUGUUGGGGUGCCCCUGAAGACCAUCUUGGACGCCCCAUCGCUCAUGGUCAUUACGGUCGAAGCUACUCGAGCUUCUGGUCGCGAACUCCAGGACGCCGAGCUUGCGGCUGUCAUGACUGCAUGCAAACUUCUGCUCAAUCUGGACAAGGCAAAGCACAUCCUCACAGAAUACGUUCAAUCACGUAUGAGCGUUUUCGCUCCAAACCUCACAGAACUCAUUGGGUCGCUCACUGCUGCCCAACUCAUCAACUACGCCGGAGGUCUUGCCGGUCUUGCGAAGACACCAGCAUGCAACAUUGCACCUCUAGGCUCAAACAAGGCAAGUGGCCUGGGUCUAGCCACCAAUAUUGGAAUUAUGCACCAGGGUUUCCUCUACCACAGUCCCAUCCUUGAAGCUAUCCGACCAGAUCUUAAGAAGCAAGGUCUGCGUAUUGUAUCCGCCAAAGUCAUUCUUGCCGCACGUUUGAAAGAUGAAUGUGAGCGCCGACUUGACAAGCUGACCGAGGUUCCUGCCAACAAGGGUGUCCGCGCUCUCCCUGCGCCAGACGACAAGCCCGCACGAAAACGUGGUGGCAGAAGGGCUCGCAAGGCUAAGGAGGCAACCGCCAUGACCGAGAUCAGGAAGGCACAAAACAGGAUGGCAUUCGGCAAGGAGGAGAAGGAAGUGGGCUACGGCGAGUCGACAAAGGGCAUGGGCAUGAUUGGCGCGACCGACACAGGCCGUCUGCGCGCACAGCAAAUCGAUCCCAAGGCCCGAGCGAAGCUAUCGAAGAAGAACCCAGGUUGGGGCGGCGACACCACGCUCGGUGCCAACACGUCACUCAAGGGAUUCGGUGCGGGUGGAACAGCAACAAGUCUGCGUGCGCAAGGUCUGCGUACUGGUGGUGUUGGUCUUCAAGGCUCUGGUAUGAGCUCCGUUGCCUUCACACCCGUGCAAGGCCUUGAACUCGUGGACCCAAGAGCGCGUGAAGAGGCGAACCGCAAGCGCAAGGCUGAGGAGGAUCGCUGGUUCAAGGGUGGUUCGUUCACCCAACUCGGUGGCAAGACAGAUGCAGCAGGCUUCAAGCUCCCUGCUCUGCCUGUGAAGAAGCCAAGGACGGAGUGA